GUACCUAACUUACUCAGAUUCGCUCUACAUCCACAUAUCUAUAUUACAGUGAUGAGUAAGGUCGCCCAUCUCAGCCCAUAUAGGUCGGUUGGUUUAGCCCGUUCACUAUAUGCUAGCCAUCACUCUACUACAGAGAAUCCAUUAGGCGAGAUCGUUCGUGCGCAUCUGCUCAGCUCAUUGAUCAGUGCUGAGCUUGCCUUGCCUGACCGCCCGCUUACUCACGCCUGCUCUGCAGAAGAAGAGAUUGAGUUGGAGUAUAUUUACAGAAAUCUGAAGCCACCGGAACGUACAAUGGCUAACAAAGUGUUUGGAAACCCCAUCACCGAUGGAACUUUGAAGGGAAUGCCGGAGUAUAAGGGCAAGCAGCAAAAGUGGGGGAACGGAGUCUCAACGCUUUGUCUGGUUUACAAUGCUACGGGAGACAGCAUCAAGUUUGUUACCAGCCACGACUGGUGGGGGAACCUCGGACCUGCCCCGUACCCGUUAGAGAUUGCAAAUGGCCAGUGGGGUGCCUUCCUCCACGUCAAAAGAGUCAUUACACUCGAUGGUUCCAACGCAGCUGUAGUGUACCGUGGCAAGAAUGAGACUGGACAUGAAUGUGACUGGAUGGUGGCUUGGGACUACCCUUGGAACAAAAUUUCUUAUGGCAACAAGGUCUAUACAGAGAUUCGAGAAGUUAAUUAUUUCAACGACAAGUGGGAUACUAUCGAGGAUACAUUGAAGAAGAUGGACAAGACUGUUCUCUAUAAAGAGAACACAAGGAAUGGAUUCAAGUCAACUGUUACAAUAGGCGACUACACUUCCCCAAUACUUGAGGCAGUGCUUACCCUUGCACCAGACGCUUAAUAUCUUGUUUAGAAGUUUUAUGUUGGAAUCCUUGUUUCUCGCCCCCAAGGGAUUCGAAAUUACCUAAGAAAUAAUUAAAUAAGGG